GCACUGCCUGAGACUACUCCAGCCUCCCCCGUCCCUGAUGUCACAAUUCAGAGGCUGCUGCCUGCUUAGGAGGUUGUAGAAAGCUCUGUAGGUUCUCUCUGUGUGUCCUACAGGAGUCUUCAGGCCAGCUCCCUGUCGGAUGGCUUUUAUGAAAAAAUAUCUCCUCCCCAUUCUGGGGCUCUUCAUGGCCUACUACUACUAUUCUGCAAACGAGGAAUUCAGACCAGAGAUGCUCCAAGGAAAGAAAGUGAUUGUCACAGGGGCCAGCAAAGGGAUCGGAAGAGAGAUGGCUUAUCAUCUGGCGAAGAUGGGAGCCCAUGUGGUGGUGACAGCGAGGUCAAAAGAAACUCUACAGAAGGUGGUAUCCCACUGCCUGGAGCUUGGAGCAGCCUCAGCACACUACAUUGCUGGCACCAUGGAAGACAUGACCUUCGCAGAGCAAUUUGUUGCCCAAGCAGGAAAGCUCAUGGGAGGACUAGACAUGCUCAUUCUCAACCACAUCACCAACACUUCUUUGAAUCUUUUUCAUGAUGAUAUUCACCAUGUGCGCAAAAGCAUGGAAGUCAACUUCCUCAGUUAUGUGGUCCUGACUGUAGCUGCCUUGCCCAUGCUGAAGCAGAGCAAUGGAAGCAUUGUUGUCGUCUCCUCUCUGGCUGGGAAAGUGGCUUAUCCAAUGGUUGCUGCCUAUUCUGCAAGCAAGUUUGCUUUGGAUGGGUUCUUCUCCUCCAUCAGAAAGGAAUAUUCAGUGGCCAAGGUCAAUGUAUCAAUCACUCUCUGUGUUCUUGGCCUCAUAGACACAGAAACAGCCAUGAAGGCAGUUUCUGGGAUAGUCCAUAUGCAAGCAGCUCCAAAGGAGGAAUGUGCCCUGGAGAUCAUCAAAGGGGGAGCUCUGCGCCAAGAAGAAGUGUAUUAUGACAGCUCACUCUGGACCACUCUUCUGAUCAGAAAUCCAUGCAGGAAGAUCCUGGAAUUUCUCUACUCAACGAGCUAUAAUAUGGACAGACUCAUAAACAACUAGGAACUCCCUGAGGGCUGGGCAUGCUGAGGGAUUUUGGGACUGUUCUGUCUCAUGUUUAUCUGAGCUCUUAUCUAUGAAGACAUCUUCCCAGAGUGUCCCCAGAGACAUGCAAGUCAUGGGUCACACCUGACAAAUGGAAGGAGUUCCUCUAACAUUUGCACAAUGGAAAUGUAAUAAUAACAAAUGUCAUGCACCGCUGCAGCCAGCAGUUGUAAAAUUGUUAGUAAACAUAGGUAUAAUUACCAGAUAGUUAUAUUAAAUUUAUAUCUUAUAUAUAAUGUCAUAACUAAUACAAUAUUAAUUAUAAUAAAGGCCACAUAAACUUUAUAAAUUCAUACCUGGUAGCUAUAACUUGAGCUUAUUCAGGAUGGUAUCUUUAAAACCAUAAACUGUACAAAUGAAAUUUUUCAAUAUUUGUUUCUUA